AUGAUUAACGUGGAAAAAGAAAUUUAUGAUGACUGGAUUAAGACCCACCCCAGUGCCAAAGGGCUUUUUAAAAAUCCAUUCCCAUUCUUUGAUGAAUUAGCACCAAUCUUCGGGAAAGAGGUUGCAACCGAAGAAAGGGCAGAGGGACCUGAAGAUGCUGUUCAACAGAUGGAAAAAGAGGCUGCUGUUUAUGAUGAGAGUGGGAAUUUGGCAGAUGAUUUCUUUGAACAAAUGCUGGACCCUACACAGAGUCAGAAUUAUUGUCCAAUGCCUGAGCCUACAACUGAAGAGGGACCUGAAGUACAUUCACCUGUGUCAGUAACUGUAACAAAAAAGGGUAAGAAACGAGCAAGGAGUGAGGAUGUUGUCAUUGGAGUAGUCUCUGAAGCAAUGGACAAGCUUACCCAGUCACAUACAAGAACAACUAACAAAAUAGAUAACCUGGUUGGCUGUUUUAAACAUAAGGCAGAGGAUAGGGAGCUGAGAAGGUCAAUUCUGGAAGAAUUAAAACAGAUUGAAGGAUUAAAUACUGCUCAAAGGGUGAAGGUUGCAAUGAUCAUGGGCAGAGAUAGAAAACUGACUGAUGACAAUUACAUGGUUAUAAAAAAUCUACAGUUACUUGUAAGUCCAAACUUCAAAAUUACAAAUCUCAAAGUGACAAAGUCUGGAUAUUUGUGA